UGACGAUUCAUUGCUUCGUGGACUUGGAAGCUAUUUUAGUAUUUACAUUUUAGAAGUUGUUUAUUGGUUUCCAUUUCCUCUCUGAGCAAUUUUGCUUCAUGAUUUUCAAAGACGGUGUUUGAUUUUAACUCUAGUGCUGUUCCUGCAAUCCGAUUUUGUGUUGUGGGAUGUCUGAAACAAGUCCUAAAUGAUAGCACGACGUCGACGGACCAAUUCUGGAUCAGAAAAUCCCCAUUCUUUUACUGACGGCAACAGCUACGUGACUCGCACGAGAACAACAGUUGUACAAAGUGUGCAGGCUUCACCACAAGCCUCUCACAUUUCAGUGGAUCCAGACAUGACUUGUCGAGAUAGAACCAAUGAGUUCAUGUCAGCAGUCAAGUCCUUGCAGUCAAGACAAGGAAAUGGCGUUGCUCCUCACUACAGGAACAGAGAUUUGGCACAUAGAAGCAAAUUCACACUGAUUGCCAAACGUAUUGGAAAAGAUCUAGCAAACACAUUUGCCAAAUUGGAAAAGUUGACGAUAUUGGCAAAAAGAAAGUCAUUGUUUAAUGACAAACCAGUUGAAAUUCAAGAACUGACAUAUAUCAUCAAACAAGAUAUUAACAGUUUAAACAAGCAAAUAGCUGAGCUUCAAGAGCUUGCUCGUUCCCAAAGAAAUAAAAAUGGCAGUCAUAUUCAGACUCAUUCCAAUUCAGUUGUGGUGGCGCUUCAGUCCAAGCUAGCCACAAUGUCGAAUGAAUUCAAACAAGUAUUAGAAGUCCGAACAGAGAAUUUAAAACAUCAAAAGUCUCGAAGAGAACAGUUUUCUCAAUCCGGGGUAUCUUCAUCUCUGCCUCCAUCCGCUUUAAAAGGCCACAAUGGGUCUGUUUUGCUACAAGAUGAAAUGGGUUCUGGUGAUGUUGCUAUUAAUAUGGAUGGAGCCGCUGGGGUAAAAUUUCAGGACCAAAUGCAGAUUAUUGAUGAACAAGAUUCCUAUAUACAAAGCAGAGCGGAGACCAUGCAGACUAUUGAGUCUACGAUAGUUGAACUGGGAUCAAUAUUUACACAGUUGGCUCACAUGGUUAAAGAACAGGAGGAGAUGGUUACACGGAUUGAUUCAAAUGUUGAAGAUGCACAGUUAAACAUUGAAGCGGCACACGGAGAGAUUCUAAAAUACUUUCAAUCAGUGACUUCAAAUCGGUGGCUCAUGAUAAAAAUAUUUGCAGUUUUGAUAGUAUUUUUCAUCAUAUUUGUAGUCUUCAUGGCCUAGGAAAUACUAUUUAUUUGUUACGUGUGUAAAUACACUUGCUCUUUCACAACACGUGGAAAACAUUCAACUCCACAGAAUGCUGCUUCAUGUGUGCAGUUUGUGUGCAGAUCAAAGUUAUGGUGGUGGAUCAUUGUCCUGUACCAGCAGAAGUUGUUGUCAUGGAAUCACUGUGUUCACCGUUGUAUGUGGUAUAUUUCAUGCUUUGGUGCAAUUUGUUAAGAAGGCAAACUCGUCUAUUUUAUCAUUAUUUAUGUCAUUAUUAUUUGUUGUUUUUUUAAUUGUGAAAUAAUAAAAUAUAUUUAUGGUCAGUAAUGGUGGCUAUGUUCAAAGAAUGACUUUUCUGUCAUGACGAAAGAAACCCACCUGUCAAAAUGAUGUGCUCAGACAUAUUUAGAUAUGUGCAUGCACUCUUGGGGUGAAAAAGUAGGGAGGUUUAUAUGCUUUUAGUUCAUAUUGGGUAAAUGGAAUUGGAAUUCUAAUCAUUGAGCAACUAGGAUUUAGUAAUCGUCUUUCCUGUUAAAAAGUAUUUUUGACCAUCUACAAAUGGAAUGUGAUGCAGAUAUAAAAUAUUAACCAGUUAAUCUUGUAGCCUGUUGUAGAACUGAUCAUGUGGGAUGUGUGCCUGUGUGUGUAUGAGAGAGUAAAUUAGUGUGCACGUGUGUGUUGUGAGAUGGAGGUUAAAUAUUUGGCAUUAUUUCUAUUAAAAACUAAUUUGCUACUUGCUUACUAACCUUAAAGUAAUUUACUCCAAACAAAUGCUAAAAAAAUAAAUUUUAGGUGUGUAUCUGAGAAUUUCGACCAAAUAUUAUUCUCAUUACAUAUCAAUAUAUGUAGUGGUACAAAUCAAAAUUAACAUGAAUGAUCACUAUGAUUUAUAUAAUUACCUACUAUACUAUGAGUUGGACUGUAAAAGAACUCAUGAUUUAGACUAAAGAAACGUUCUGACUUAGAUAAGACCAAAGAACAGGAUAUGUAAACUGUUGAAUUCCUAUGUUCAGCCUGUCUGAGAACUGCCUUAGCACCAGAAUCUGUUGACAUCUCAUGUCAUCAGAAUAUAUACAGAAUAUUAUAAUUGUAAAAAACAAAAUACAGCUGUUUCAAAAGUUCCAUCGUUUGUCCCAAUUUACUUUAUUGUUUAUAUUAAUGUAAACAAACUUCCUUUGUCUUCUUCGAUAUAAACUUUAAAGUACAGUUUGCAAAGCUAUUUUUGUAAAUUCAUUUUAUAGUCUUGAAUAUAAAUGCAAAUACACAUAUGUCUGUUGAUGACUAGUAACUGUUUAACAUUCAAUAUUCAUGAGGUGGGUUUUGUUUUUAUAUUAUUUUUUUAUUUAUAAUGCAGAUCAGUUUACCCCAUCUGUCAUAUGCAGACUGAACUUACUGGUAACUUGAUAACAGUUUGUUAGUGAAAUGAUAAUGAUGCCACUACACUGAAAAAAGCAGGGCAUAUGCUUGAUGAUUUAAACUACAGUUUGUCUCACUUCAAAUAAGUACAUGUUCAGUGUUUUGUAAAGUACUGUGUGAUAAUUACCCAAAAAAUACACAUUAUUGCCAUCUUGUAAUAUAGACAAUAAGGUUGUAAAUUUAUUUAUUUGAUUCAGAUGGAGCUGUAUUGUGGUCCAUUUAGCAUGUGUAAUUGUACAUAUGGUGAUUAAUCUUAAAACAUGUUGAGUGUCUUUGAAAUAUUGACAAGCGAUGUUGCUCAUCUGAAGUUCAUCUGCAGUUAUUGAAUUGUAUGAGCGGAUGUGAGUGAAAGAAAAAACCGAGAAUGAGAAAGGUGUAUAUACAUGUAAAUAACUUUUAAAAAGUGAUAUUGCAAAAUUUGUUAAUAAACUCUGGAAUAUACAAA